AAGGGAGCCGUGAAGAAGCUGAAGCGGGAGGUACUGGCGCUGCACUACGCCACCCACGACGCGCGGCUGGGCGUGCUGCCCCGCCUGCUGGCCUUCCUGGCCAUCGCCUAUGCCCUCUCCCCGCUGGAUCUCAUCCCCGACUUCAUCCCCGUGCUGGGGUUGGUGGACGACGUGCUGAUCCUGGGAGCCCUGCUGUUCGUGGCCAUCAGGCUGAUUCCGCACGAGGUGAUGGAGGAUGCACGACGGCGAGCAGAGCGGGAGCCGCUCCGGCUGCACAAGAACUGGGGCAUGGCGAUUGUGUUCUUUGCGAUGUGGGACGCCCUUCUCCUCGCCCUGGUGUGGUGGCUG